CGUCUCUGCCUCGCGGAGAAGAUGACCAUUGGGAGGCCUCCGGGAGUCCAGGGCGGCGCUCAGUGGAGCCGUCAGGUAUUUCCCCCCAAGUCCUCCUCAGACUCGGAGACAGAAGAGGAGUUGUCUGGGGAUGGGCUGGUUUUGCCCAGGGCUGGCAAACUGGAUGACUUCCUUGGCCCAGAGGACUUGACGCUUUCUGAUUCUUCUGACUCAACUGGGAGUUUUUACGAGACCCUGGAGGUACUAAAGCAGAAAGGCAAGUGGUGCCUGUUGGAAUCCCUUUAUCAGUCUGACCCAGACAGUGGUGAGAAUUUCUCCGAAGAUGAUGAGGACCUGGAGAGUUUCUUCCAAGACGAAGGCAGGGGGAAGCCACAGGUCCAGUACCCCAUGUCUCCAAGGUGUGGCUCCACAAGGCGCUGCAGCUUGCUGAGCAGCCUUCCGUCCGACGACCCCAAGGGUCAGCCCCCGCCACCCUCAGGCUCCAGGCCUCCCUCGCAGCACAGAAGUCUCAGCUCCUGGGCAUCAUCCAUCACCGUCCCUCGGCCGUUCCGCAUGACGCUGCGUGAGGCCCAGAAGAAGGCCCAGUGGCUGGCGUCCCCUGCCUCCUUCGAGCGGGAGAGGAAGCAGGCCCAGCAGCAGGGUCAGGAGGAGGCCGAGUGCCACCGGCAGUUCCGGGCACAGCCCGUGCCCGCGCACGUCUACUUGCCCCUCUACCAGGAGAUCACGGAGCGCAGUGAGGCCCGCAGGCAGGCAGGGAUCCAGAAGAGGAAGGAACUGCUCCUCUCCUCCUUGAAGCCCUUCAGCUUCCUGGUGAAGGAGGAACAGAGAAAGGAAGCUGCUGAACAGAGAAAGGAAGCUGCUAAACAGAGGGAGUUGGCCGCCACAGCCAAGGCCAAGGUCCCCAAGCAGAAGGCCACCAGAAGGAUCCCCAAGUCCAUUCUGGAGCCAGCCCUUGGGGACAAACUCCAGGAAGCAGAACUCUUCAGGAAAAUUCGCAUCCAGAUGCGAGCCCUAGACAUGCUCCAGAAGGCCUCCUCCCCUAUCGCCUUCUCCGGCAGCCGACCUGACCCACAGCCUCGCACGGCUACCCGAACCCAGAAGGAAAAGCUUGCAUUUCUGCACCCUGACUUUGGAUUCCAGCCUCGGGUGAAUCCUGCCGUCCCUGACUACGAAGGCCUUUACAAAGCCUUCCAGAGAAGAGCUGCCAAGAGAAGGGACGCCAGGGAGGUGACUCGCAACAAGCCCUUCUUGCUGAGAACCAGCAGCCUGCGUGGCGCUCAGCGGCCCAGUGAUGCCGCCACGUCUGGAGGGAGGAGGGACUCUCCACAGCCACCAGCCACACCCCUGCCAAGGAGUCGUUCUCUGAGUGGCCUUGCUUCCCUCUCUGCCCACACCCUCCCUGUGCACAUCACGGACGUCACCAGGAAGAGGGAAUCUGCAGUCAGAAGUUCACUUGAAAAAAAGGACAAAGCAGAUGAGAGUACUCAGUGGUUGGAGAUGCACAAAAAGAAGUGUCAAGCGAUGUCUAAAUCCGUGACCUUGCGUGCGAAAGCCAUGGAUCCCCAUCAAAGCCUGGAGGAGGUGUUCAAAGAAAAGCUGAAAGAGAAUCGGAACAAUGACCGUAAAAGAGCAAAAGAGUAUAAGAAAGAAUUGGAAGAAAUGAAGAAGAGAAUACAGACGAGGCCGUAUCUCUUCGAACAAGUUACCAAGGACCUUGCCAGGAGAGCCGCAGAACAACGGUAUCGAGACACCCUGAAGCAGGCUGGGCUGGAUGAAGACUUUGUGAGGAACAAGGGUCAGGGCAGCCGGGUUGUACAAUGGCGGGAGCAGUCAGAAGUCCGUGAUUGUCGCAGCACCCAUGAAACUACAAAACUCAGCACCAGAAAUCCACAGCAGGAUUUAGAAGAAUCUCUACAGCAGCCUACAAGCCAAGAACUGGAAGAGCUGUCUUAUGAAUUGCUAGAUAAUUUCAAAUCACUUGCUUAA